AUGCGGGGUGCGGUGCAGAGCAAGGUGCCGUGUCUGUUCCUCACCGAGGUGAAGGAGGAGCCGUCGGCCAAGCGGGAGCGACAGCCAUUUAAAGUUUUGGCAACUGAAACUAUAACUGGAAAGGCAUUAGAGUCAGAUAUACACAAUGCAAUUCCUACUGAGAAGGUGGAUGGAACCUGCUGUUACGUAACUACAUAUAAAGGGAAACCCUAUCUAUGGGCCAGGCUGGAUAGAAAACCCAACAAACAAGGUGACAAGAGGUUUAAACGAUUCUUGUAUUCGUUGGAAGAUUGCAAAGAAUUUGUUUGGAAUAUUGAAGAGGAUUUCAAGCCCGUUCCAGAUACCUGGAUUCCAGCAAAGGACAUAGAGUUCUCUAAUGGCAAUCCUUUGCCUGAUGAAAACGGACAUAUGCCAGGUUGGGUCCCUGUGGAGAAAAAUAGUAAGCAGUACUGCUGGCACUCAUCUGUGGUAAAUUAUGAGGCUGAAAUAGCACUGGUAUUGAAACGCCAUGCUGACCCAGGGCUUCUGGAAAUCAGUCCAGUGCCAUUAUCAGAAAUUUUGGAACAAACAUUGGAGCUUAUUGGGACCAAUAUUAAUGCAAAUCCAUAUGGAUUAGGAAGCAAGAAGCACCCUGUCCAUCUUCUGGUACCACAUGGAGCAUUUGAAAUAAAGAAUCCACCUACUUUGAAGCACAAUGACAUACUGUCUUGGUUUGAAAGCUGCAGUGAGGGUAAAGUUGAAGGAAUUGUGUGGCAUUGUCAUGAUGGGUGUUUAAUCAAG